AUGGUUCUGCGGCGUUUCUCCUGGAUAAAUGCCCUUCUUUGCAUGGCACAGGUCUGCUCUGUUCCCGUGAAGUGCAGUCUCCAGCGGAGACUCGUACAGACUUGUCACCAUCUCCUGGAUAGCAUGGGGGGUGCAUUUCCUUUUCGGUGCCUUGACAAUUAUGUAUUGGUUCCAUUUCCCAAAGCUGCAUUUGAGUCCAACACCAGGCAAGAGACUGUUGCAUUGGAAAAGUCCAUUUACAUAACACUUGAGUACAUCAACUCCAUGUUAAACGAUCAUGAGCUCCCCGACCAGUGGACCUCCCAGGAGAAACUGGACUAUUUUCUUCACAUCGUGUUCCGACUGAUUGAGGAAAACAAAUGUGUCAUGAGCAAAACCCAGGAUUCACUGGACGACUUCCUUAAAAGAGAAGCCUCCCUCAGAGCAUACUUCCAGAAUAUAACUGCAGUUCUAAUAGAAAAGGACUACCAAUACUGCGCUUGGGAGUUUGCAAGGUUUGAAAUUUUGCAUGCUCUGCAGUUUAUAUUGAAUAAUGACUCCCAAUGAAGUGCAGUCCCAGUGAAGGAAUGGAGGACAU